AUGCCGUGGAACUUGACCGCGGAGCAGCUCUCGGAGCUGCUGCGGCUGCACAACCUGACACGCGCGCAGUUCAUCGCGCGCUACGGGCUGCGGCCACUGGUGCUCACCCCGCAGCUGCCCGCGCGCGCCAGGCUGGCCCUCCUGCUCGCCGGCUUACUCAUCUUCGCCCUGGCGCUCUUCGGCAACGCCCUGGUGGUCUACGUGGUGACCCGCAGCAAGGCCAUGCGCACCGUCACCAACAUCUUCAUCUGCUCCCUGGCGCUCAGCGACCUGCUCAUCGUCUUCUUCUGCAUCCCGGUCACCAUGCUCCAGAACGUCUCGGACACCUGGCUGGGGGGUGCCUUCAUUUGCAAGAUGGUGCCAUUUGUUCAGUGCACGGCCAUUGUGACAGAGAUCCUUACUAUGACCUGCAUUGCUGUGGAAAGGCACCAGGGGCUUGUCUAUCCUUUUAAAAUGAAGCGGCAGUACACCAAUCAAAGGGCUUUCACAAUGCUAGGUGUGGUGUGGCUGGUGGCCAUCAUCAUAGGAUCACCCAUGUGGCAUGUGCAGCGACUUGAGAUUAAGUAUGACUUCCUAUAUGAAAAAGAACACAUCUGCUGCUUGGAAGAGUGGAGCAGCCCCAUGCAUCAGAAAAUCUACACCACCUUCAUCCUUGUCAGCCUCUUCCUGCUGCCUCUCUUGCUGCUGCUUGUCCUCUAUGGUAAAAUCGGUUAUGAGCUCUGGAUCAAGAAAAGAGUAGGAGAUGGCUCAGUGCUCCGAACUAUUCAUGGAAAAGAAAUGUUCAAAAUAGCCAGGAAGAAGAAACGAGCUGUGAUCAUGAUGGUGACAGUGGUGGCUCUCUUUGCUGUGUGCUGGGCACCUUUCCACAUCGUUCACAUGAUGAUUGAAUACAGUAAUUUUGAAAAAGAAUAUGAUGAAGUCACAAUCAAGAUGAUUUUUGCUAUAGUGCAAAUAAUUGGAUUUUUCAAUUCCAUCUGUAAUCCCAUUGUUUAUGCACUCAUGAAUGAGAACUUCAAAAAAAAUUUUGUGUCUGCGGUUUGCUAUUGCACAGUAAAAGAAACGCUUUCUCCAGCACGGAGGCAUGGGAGUUCAGGGGCUAUGGUGCUGCAGAGGAGAGCAAAGUUAGCUGGGGGAGAGAAUCCUGGAGAGAUCAAAGGAGAAGCAUUUGGGGACAGCUGUGUCGAUGUGAAGUGGUGUGAACAGCCAGAGAAGAGGAAGAAAAAAUCUCAAGUGGCGUCUUUCCCUCUUUAGCUAUGGAUUUCUGAGAACUCUGCCAUAGAUGUGGACAUUAACUGUAACAGUGUCUUCAAAAUCAGCACCUGUCAUACUGUAAUCAAAAGAAAAUUAUUUUGUGAAAAAGUC